AGUCGGGAGGGGAAGUGAGGCGGUUUCCUCGGCGCCUUUUCCGGCAGCGGCGGCAGCAGAGCUGGGAGGAGGAGGUGGAGGCCGGAGGGAACCCGCGCUUGGGGCGGCGGCUGGAGGCAGCACCGAGUUCCCGCGAGGAUCCAUGACCUGACGGGGCGCGGAGCCGCGCUCUUCGUCGGGUGCCCAGGGUCGGUGUCGAGCCCGGUGCUCGCAGGCCGGCCGGAGGGCCGCAGUUUGACCGGCCGCGUGCUGAGGCGGCGGAGGAGCUGUCGGCGGCGCUCGCGCGGCGCCUGCGGGGGGAAGGGCAGUUCCGGGCCGGCCGCGCCUCGCCUCAGCAGGGCGGCGGCUCUCCCGGCGCAGACGCAGGGCCCCGGCGGCGGGCGAUGCCCGAGUGAGCGCGGGCCGGGCCCCUGCCCCUAGCAGGCAGCUUCGCGCAGGCCGCAGGGCGUCCUCGCGGCGGGGCGGCUACGUCUCGGGCUCGCGGCGGCGGCGGCUUUGUAGGCUGAGGGGACCCGGGACACCUGAAUGCCCCCGGCCCCGGCUCUUCCGACGCGAUGGGGAAGGUGCUAUCCAAGAUCUUCGGGAACAAGGAAAUGCGGAUCCUCAUGCUGGGCCUGGACGCAGCCGGCAAGACAACGAUCCUGUACAAGUUGAAGCUGGGCCAGUCGGUGACCACCAUUCCCACAGUGGGCUUCAACGUGGAGACGGUGACUUACAAAAACGUCAAGUUCAACGUGUGGGAUGUGGGCGGCCAGGACAAGAUCCGGCCGCUCUGGCGGCAUUACUACACCGGGACCCAGGGUCUGAUCUUCGUGGUAGACUGCGCCGACCGCGACCGCAUCGACGAGGCCCGCCAGGAGCUGCACCGCAUUAUCAAUGACCGGGAGAUGAGGGACGCCAUAAUCCUCAUCUUCGCCAACAAGCAGGACCUGCCUGAUGCCAUGAAACCCCACGAGAUCCAGGAGAAACUGGGCCUGACCCGGAUUCGGGACAGGAACUGGUAUGUGCAGCCCUCCUGUGCCACCUCCGGGGACGGACUCUAUGAGGGGCUCACAUGGUUAACCUCUAACUACAAAUCCUAAUGAGCGUCCUCCACCCAUCCCCCGGAAGGAGAGAAAUCAAAAACCCAUUCAUAGGAUUAUCGCCACCAUCAUCACCUCUUUCAAUUGCCACUCUCUUUUGAAUCUGAACUCUGGAGUUACAGUUCUACAGUUUAGUGGGGUCGGGGUUUUCUUUGUUUCCUUUUUUUUUCUUUUUUUCCCUUUUGGCUUUGCAUUAGGAUGCUCUGAUCAGACAUUUGACACGAAUACAGUGCUAGAUGCUCUUGUGACUUCCAGCAAAUGGGGUGGGGUAAUAGCAACUCUUGGUAAAGUCCUUUAUAAUAAUGGUUUGAUUUUUUAUUUUUCGAGAGAAUCUCCUCCCUGCCCCCAUGUAUGCUUUUUUCCUUUUUGCCCAGUUUCUUAUCACUUGCUGUAGAUGGCUUAUUUUGCAUUCAUGCAGACUGUGUUCCAAGUCUGUUUCAUCUAGUAAACUGAAAAUUAUUGCUUAAUCAAACUGCCGUUUGUCUUUUAUAUUUAAGGCCUUCCCCCUUCCUUGUUAGCCCUAACUUAGCAGUUUCAAAUGUGACCUUUUAUAGCCAAGACCAGUAUGGUGAACUAAGCCCACAGUGGCAGAGUAAUGAGUAAUAGCAGUGUAAUGUUCCAGUUGCACAUCAGUGUGUCAGACAGGUAAUGUAAAGACUCCCUUGAAGUGUCAGCCACUAACAGGCAUGAGUAGGAGUGAAACUCAAGCUCUCUUUACCAUAGCUAACUUUGCCGCAUAAAACAAGCAUAACCUGUAAAGGGUGCAGGUCUUUUUCACUGCAAAGUUAGCAACUUUGCUGUUUCCCUCUUCUUACCUUUAAAAAUACUCUUUCCAGAAAAUGGAGCAAUAAUGGUAUAUGCCACACACAGAUGAAAUAUUUGUAGAUAUUUUAAAGUGACUUUUGGGCAAAACUGGAAUGUUACCUUGUUUCAUAUGUCUUAAGACCAGUAGUUUUAAAAUUACUAAACAUUUACUUUGCUCACUAAUAAAACAUUUAAAAAGUCAAAUUACAUGCACCUUUAACCUAGCUGGAAAAAAAAAACACAUUCCUGUUUUCACAUUACAGCAGCUGAUUAGACGGAAGAUAUGUGACAUUUUUUAAAUAGAUGAGUGAUGUACAUCUCCAUUAAGACACUGGAAAAGAUGUUUUAUUUUAAAAAGGUAUUUAGUUUUGCUUGAUUGUAGGAUUUACUCAUGCAGAUAUCCUGUUGGUUCUGUAGUAUAAUAUCUCCUUUAAGGAAGGAAAUGUGCUGAAUGAAUGGCAUAGAUUGGAUGACAAAGGGGAAGUAAAGAACCUGGAGAGAAAGAACCUACAGAUGACAAUGAAUGUAAAUUAACUUUUAAGGGUAAGCAUUGUGCUCGCUGGUCAUAUCCAGAUCUUAAGAUGAGCUGCUUAGGACCAGUAACUAGAUUGAGACCACUAUAGUAACUUUUUGAACCAAAUGUUAAUGUUGAUUCUGAAUUGUGGAGCAGCAUCUGGUUCUUCAGUAGCCUUAAGGAUUAAUUUAGUGAUCCUCAAGGAGUUAAACUUAGGGAAUUUGGGAAAUGUAGACUGCACGGGCAGUAUACUGGAAAAGGUGGAAUGGUUUUGUUUAUGAGGGUGUCUGAAAAUUAAAAUCAAGCCGGAUAUCAUGGUAAAGUUGGACAGUAUUGGUCCUUCACGUUUUGGCCAUAUUGUAUAAUGGAGCUUUUACCAAAGAUGUAGGAGAAGCAGAAGGCUAUACAAAAAUGAGCUGUAAGUAAAGCAUUUAACUUAAAUGAGAAAAGGUGCUAUGUUGUAGGCUCCUAUUGGUGCAGAGGGAUUGUUGAUUCAAAUGCAACAAAAGCCUGAAGUUCUCAGUUUCACAUUCAUAGAAGUAUCUCUAGAAAUGAGGCUGAUUCACAUUUAAGAACAUUUUAGUUGCUUUUUAAAGUUCCCAAAGCUCCACCGUAAAUGUAAUUCUUAGUGUUUUAAAUGAUUACAUUUUAAGGUACAUAAAUAUGGUUAUACAAAUAUCAAUGCUAUAGUAACAUCCUGAAACAAAAUAAGCACAAAGGUAUAAAUGCCUAAACUGGAGGAAACUUGAAACCCUCAUGUUGAUUCUUAAAUGUAGUGUUCUAACUUGUGACAGACAGAUUGGUAGACAGCCAUUUUUUUGUGUCUUAAAAUAAUUGGGGGCAUAGUUAAAAUUUUAUACAAGUGAUUGCUGUUACUGAAUGUUGCAGGUGAGAUGGGUUAUUUUUAGCUUAUUUGAAAUGUCUAAAGAGGUGGGAGGGGGAAGACACAUUUGAAAUUUGAAAAACCCUAAACCUUUUGGAAAGAAAGUGUAAUUUUUCACUUACAUUUCUUUAGACUAUAAGAGGUUUAUGAAUGAUGUAGUUAAGUUGAACCAUAACCAUUGGUGAUUAUGAAGCAAAAAUUAGAGCCUGCAGAAAAAGUUAUAAUGGAAGGAUUAAAAAAAAAUCCUAAAGAUUUUGUUUAAUUGCAUCAAUUUCUGUAUUUGUGUGAAUUUAUAAACAUGCAGUAAGUUUUGAAUGAGGUUAAUCUUGUCUAAUAUAAGUAACUGAGUCUGUAGACUGUGAUCCCCUCCCCCAGCUAAAAGAGUGCAGUACUUGGAAAUUGUUCUUUAUGGUUGUAGUGUUUCUGAAGCACUAACAUGCAGAAAAUAAAGGAAUUACACAGUGCA